GUAGGACCCCUAGCAGCGAGAUUUGCACACUGUUCCACGAGGUUGAAGUCUCCCGGCGUCUACUACAAGAUCUGCCGGGGAACCCGGUGCCCCAUGGACGUCUCCUCCGUGGAGUGCCCCGUACGCUAGCUGGGCCGUUCAACCACCGCCACGGCAGCAGCCGCGAUACUACCACAUUGCGCCAUCGGUUCUGCACUCGACUCCGCGGGCCUCAUGUCGAGACUAUAGCGUCGUCCGGGCUUGGUCCCGUGGAAACUCGAGAUGCCUUUAAAAGUGAGCUCCCCAAACACUUGCUUCCAAUUUUCCAACAGUAUCAGCAUCAACGUCAUCUCUUGCUUCAUCAUAGCAUAUCUACAGUCUUCUCACACUCUUACCCACACCUCUAUCAACUUCCAGCCAACUACAGGUCCACCGCAAACAUGCCCGCCCGCUACGAAAGCUCCCCCGCGAGCCCGGAACCCCUGGCCCGGCCCCUGACCUUCCCCUUCUCCGGCAAGACGGCCAAGAAUCGCCUCCUCAAGAGCGCCAUGGCCGAGUCUCUUGCAACCUGGAGCGCCACAGAGCCCUCGAAGAGAGGUAUCCCCACGCCCGAGCUCGUCGAAGUCUACCGCCGAUGGGGCCAAGGACCAGACAACUUUGGCAUCAUCUCCACGGGCAACAUCACCAUCGAGUUCGAGGACGUAAGCACCCUCGGCGACAUGAUCAUCACCCCCGAGUGCGCCCCCGAAGAAGGCGACGCCCGCUUCGAAGGCUUCAAGGCCAUCGCCGCCGCGGGCAAGGUCGACGGCAGCCUUAUGGUCGGACAGGUCAACCACCCCGGGCGCCAAGUGCAGAAGAAGAUCCAGCCGAACCCCGUCUCCGCGUCUGCAGUCCACUUAGUACCUAAAAUGGGCAUGGAAUUCGCAACGCCCCGCGAAGCCACUCAACAAGACAUUGCCCGCUUCAUCGAAGGCUUCGCCCACGCGGCAGCCUACCUCGAGAAAGCAGGCUUUGACGGCAUCCAGCUGCACGCCGCGCACGGGUACCUCCUCGCGCAGUUCCUCUCACGCACGACGAACCGCCGCACCGACGAGUACGGCCCGCAGACGCUCGAGAAUCGCACUCGCUUGAUUGCCGAGAUUGGUAAGGCUGUGAGACGGCGGACGUCGCCGGCCUUUAUCCUGUCUGCCAAGAUCAACAGUGUCGAGUUCCAGGAGGGCGGGGUGACGACUGAUGAGGCGAGGGAGAUGAGUUCCCUGCUUUCCGGGUUGGGUUUCGACUUUUUGGAGAUUUCGGGGGGCACGUACGAGGCUAUGGGGAUGAGUUGGGAGAAGGAGAGUACGCGCAAGCGGGAGGGCUUCUUCCUCGAGUUCGCGGAUACGGUUGUCAAGGGACUCGGCGAGAACGCGGCGGCGCGCAAGACCAAGGCGUACAUUGUCGGCGGGAUGAGGACCGUAGGCGCGAUGGUGAAGGCGCUCGAGGUUGUUGACGGGGUCGGGCUGGGACGUCCCGGCGCGCAGGAGUUCCGAUUCGGGUCGGAGUUGAUCUCGGGGAGGGUGCAGGGCGCCGUGCAGCCUGUUGAGAUGAUUGAGAAGGAUAUCGGGGUGGGGUUGACAGCGGCGGCGGCGCAGAUUCAUCAGGUUGCGCGGGGCGAGGAGCCGUUUGAUGCGAGUGAUGAGGGCGCCGUGGGGAGGUUUACGCAUGAUAUGCAGGCUUGGUUUGGGGAUUUGAUUGCUGAUGGGGACAAGUUGGAGCAUUAUGGCGCCGUCAAGUAUUCUGGCGAGACUGUGCCUUAUGGGGAGACCUCCAAGGCAUAGUUUUGGUUGAUUGAUUGUAGACAUUGGUCAUGCAUUGCCUUGGUGUUGCUAGAUUUAGACCUGC